AGCUACUUGGGGGUUUCUGGAAGCGGAGGUCUUCCUCGUAUAAAACCGCGCUGGUACCGGGGCCUUCUUCCUUCACCGAGGCGGCGGAGAACCAACCCUGCUCAACCCUCCUCGCCACCGCCCCUCCGAUUCGACGCCCGUCUCUGCUAGGAUGGGUUCUUCUUCAUCUUGGUCCACCCCAGCCUUCGGAUCAUCUUGCUCUACCACAGCCUUCGGAUCAUCUUACUCUACACCCGCCUUCGGAUCAUCUUGCCCAACCCCAGCCUUCGGACCACCUUUCACUACCCCAGCCUUCGGAUUGAUGUCACCCAACCCGGCCUUUGGGUUGUCUCCAUCGGGGCCCUUUGAUUCCUUCGGAUCAUCAUGGUCUACCCAAGCCGUUGGGCAACAUCCCAACAUCUUCAGAACACCCAUGCCCCAUCAGCACGCACCUUUUCCGCCCACACCAUUUGGCGCUACAAUAGGCCAACACUCUUCAUCUGUUCCUGGGUUUACGAUGUCAUCCACUCCGCCCUUUGGGGUGCCAUCUAUGCCUUCUCCAUUUGUGUCCUUGCCUUCUCCAUUUGGGUCCUUUGAUCGAGUGUCUGAAAAAGGCAGCAGGGUUUCUGCUUAUUCCAAGACUGCUGAUGGUGAGACUCCUUUCUAUUUCCAAUCUAUUUCAGCAAUGCCUGUAUACAACAGCAAAUCUCAUGAGGAGCUUCGACAUGAAGAUUAUCAGAGAGGAGACAAAGGGAAUCCCAGCCUGCCGAAAAGCAUGGUUCCUUCGGCUAAUCAUCCAUGGCAGCCCCAGCCCCCAGUGCAGCUUUUGGAAGAUCUAAGUGAAGCUCAUGUGAAGCCAUCUGUGGUACCACAAUCCACAACACAAGGUUUCAGUUGUAACACCAACAACCCAUUUUGGUUGCGCUCUGCAGGAUCCCAGCCACCAGUGUUCUCAUUUCCUCCUUCAAGCUCCGCUCCUGCAGGCCCACCAUUAUUUUCGGUUCCUUUGUCUAAUCAUCCAUGGCAGCCCCAGCCCCCAGUGCAGCCCUUGAAAUAUCCAAGUGAAGCUCAUGUGAAGCCAUCUGUGGGACCACAAUCCACAACACAAGGUUUCGGUUGUAACACCAACAACCCAUUUUGGUUGCGCUCUGUAGGACCCCAGCCACCAGUGUUCUCAUUUCCUCCUUCAAGCUCCGCUCCUGCAACUUCUAGGGAAAACAUAUUCAGUAACACAGCGUCAUAUAGAGCUCCUGAUACAUCGUUUACCCAAGGAGGAAGUUUACUCAGCUCUUCAGUCUCCCAUUCAGCACCAGCUCCGUCACCAAAUGGUCAAUGCACUUCUAUAAAUAUUGAUCAUUCCAAGAAAGCUGUAGAGUUGCUACUACCAAUUGACAUUACUACUGUCAGGAUUAGAUUUUAUCCGAGGAAUGAUGAUACUGGAAGUCUUGCUUCACAGGUUCAUAAUGUUCGAGCUUCACCAACACCUGUUUCUUUCUCUAUCUAUCCUGGAGAGAACCAAGACCUGACUAUCCGAUCAGUGGAGCAGCCUGCGAGUCAAACUGGGAAAACAUCCAGUUCAACAGGACCUGCCGGGGAACAGAAAGGGAAUAUCAGUGAUGUUCCCCUGACUGAUAGAUCUCCAUUUGGUGCCCCUGGCUGCGAAGUGAUCAGUGAGAGUGUGCUACCUCGGCUCUACAAGGCCGACUACUACACCUUGCCAUCAAUCGCGGAGCUUGCUGCACGAGAAUGUCAGGAGCCAGGUAGUUGCUCACAUGUGAAGGACUUCACAGUCGGCAGACAUGGCUAUGGCAGCGUGAAGUUUGAAGGCGAAACUGAUGUGAGGAUGCUAGACAUCACAUCCAUCGUGGAGUUCAAGGACCGUGAGAUUAAUGCCUACAUGGAUGAGAGCAAGAGACCUCCUGUUGGGCAGGAGCUCAACAAGCCUGCAGAGAUCACUCUUCUGAAUGUGAAAUGCGUCGAUCAGAAGACUGGGUUGCAGUUAAUGGAAGGGCCAGCAGUCGAUGCAUAUAAGGAGGUUCUGGCGCAAUGGACCAAGAGUCACGAUGCUGAAUUCAUAUCGUUUGAUCCCGUGAAGGGGGAGUGGAAGUUUAGUGUUAAGAAACUCUAAUCUGUUUCUGUUCUUGUAAACAUUUGGUUCAUGUAUCUUGCAGCGAGUUCCAGUAUCUUGGUUUAUGGGCAUGCCUGCUGAAAUAAUCUUAGGGAUUGGAGUUAUAUCAAAUAACUGUGGUUUGCUUUUG